ACCAAACUUGCGAACCCAAGUAAACCCAAAGCCGCCAACUGCUUCUCUCGCCGCCGCCGCCGCCGCCGCCGCCGCUCACCGUCGCCGGAGAAGAGGGCAGGAGGAGGAGGAGGAGGAGGAGGGGGGAGCCAUGGCGCCGGAGCCCGAGGACGACAUCAUGAACGAGAAGAACCCGCGCCCGCUCGACGAGGACGACAUCGCCCUCCUCAAGACCUACGGUCUUGGACCUUACUCGACCAGCAUUAAGAAGGUUGAGAAGGAAAUCAAAGAGAUGGCGAAGAAGAUAAAUGAUCUCUGUGGAAUUAAAGAGUCUGACACUGGAUUGGCUCCACCUAGCCAGUGGGACCUUGUAUCCGAUAAGCAGAUGAUGCAGGAGGAGCAACCCCUGCAGGUUGCAAGAUGCACAAAGAUCAUCAGCCCUAACACGGACGAUGCUAAAUAUGUCAUCAAUGUCAAGCAAAUUGCGAAGUUUGUGGUUGGGUUGGGCGACAAGGUCUCCCCCACUGAUAUCGAGGAAGGAAUGCGGGUUGGAGUUGAUCGAAACAAGUACCAAAUUCAAAUUCCUUUGCCACCAAAGAUUGAUCCCAGCGUUACCAUGAUGACUGUGGAAGAAAAACCAGAUGUGACUUACAAUGAUGUUGGUGGAUGCAAGGAGCAGAUUGAGAAGAUGCGUGAGGUGGUUGAGCUUCCUAUGCUUCACCCAGAAAAGUUUGUCAAACUUGGUAUCGAUCCUCCUAAGGGAGUACUGUGUUAUGGCCCUCCUGGAACUGGGAAAACACUUCUUGCUAGGGCAGUGGCCAACCGCACGGAUGCUUGCUUUAUUCGAGUCAUAGGAAGUGAGCUAGUUCAGAAGUAUGUUGGUGAGGGGGCCCGCAUGGUUCGGGAACUCUUCCAAAUGGCACGAUCGAAGAAGGCUUGCAUUGUCUUCUUUGAUGAAGUCGAUGCCAUCGGUGGUGCUCGCUUUGACGAUGGUGUUGGUGGUGACAAUGAGGUCCAGCGCACUAUGCUUGAGAUUGUUAAUCAGCUUGAUGGAUUUGAUGCCAGGGGAAACAUCAAGGUCCUCAUGGCCACCAACAGGCCCGAUACCUUGGACCCUGCAUUACUACGUCCAGGGCGUCUGGACAGGAAAGUUGAGUUUGGCCUGCCAGACCUGGAGGGCCGGACCCAGAUCUUCAAGAUCCACACUCGCACCAUGAACUGCGAGCGGGACAUCCGGUUUGAGCUGCUCGCUCGCCUCUGCCCCAACUCCACUGGGGCCGACAUACGGAGUGUGUGCACGGAGGCUGGCAUGUACGCCAUCCGCGCUCGCAGGAAGACGGUGACAGAGAAGGAUUUCUUGGACGCGGUGAAUAAGGUGAUCAAGGGUUACCAAAAGUUCAGCGCAACGCCCAAGUAUAUGGUGUACAACUAGAGGGCACUGACCUUGAUUUCCCGUUUCUUCCUGUGCCCCUCCUUUGGACCUUCAGAAAGAUUGAGCCUGUUUGUUUCCCUUUCUUACUCAAAAGAAACCUGGGCUGUUUUCUGCAUCAUAUGACACGCUGGGAUAAUCUUAUCUUUAGAAUAUUGAAAGAUCACAAUGGGAGGAUGCGAUGUGCCCUACACUACACUGCCGCUCUUGUGCUAGACUGACGUUACGCUCUCCCUCUCCUUUCAUGUCUUGUGUCGGUAUCGUAUCUUUUGUGUCGUAAUUGCUUGACUGGAAGGGGUCAAGGUGAUGCCGGACAGCACGAGCAAAGGAACUUUUUCACUAGGACACGAACAAGGCAACUUUUUUUUACUAGGAUGGUCAAAUGGAUAAGGCAUUUCGCGAAAAA